AUGGCUGUCACUGAAUCGCUAACCCUUCAACAACAUCACGAAACUGUUGGAGCCGCGAAGUCAAAGUCAUCUGCUUCUGUCACGGAGGAUAGCUCCCUUCCUCUCGUGCCCCUGAAUUUACGUGUUAAACUCUUCCUCUUCCUUCUUGAAAGUCAGUUUGAGCGGAAUUCGUCUUUCAAGGAAAAGAUCAAGGCAAUUUCGCCACAAACUCUUCGUCUUCAAUGUAUUGGCUGUGAUGUAUGGGGCAACUCUUACUGGUUGUUCGUCGAUGCUGAGUACAACUUCUUGUUUUACCGCGAACCUCCCACAGACGCAAACUGCCCAGCAACUCUCCAACAGUUCCUGGACGACCUUUCGAAAAAGCCUAUUCAGGAUAAGUCUUUCUCCGAUCUCUAUGCUGAGUACGAUGCAGAAAGGCUUGCAAAGCUCAACUCCAGUCCGGAUGUUAAACCACCAUCUUCUAUUCCUGUUGCAAUUAAGUCAGACCCGGUAUCGCCCCUCUCAACGGAAAAACCAGUGCAUCUCAAAAAGGAAUCUCCUGAUCCUGUGCCGACGAAAGAUGCU